GGGAUGCCCGCUGGAUCCCGGGUGAUCCGCUCAGAGCGGGAUAAACUUGGGAUGUGGUUUCUCAAGGCGUGGAUCUGUACCGGGGUGUGGGAUGUGGGUGCUGCCGCCUUAGGGCUGCGCUGCCAGGAGGGUGUCAGGUCGUCUCCUGGCUCUGUGGGAAUGAAUCCCUGCUGGAUCCCUGCUGAUGCUCUGCCAGUGGGUGAUGGUGCUGGCAGCGGCGUCACAGGGGGAUCUGGAGAGUGCUGAGGAACUCCUGACUGGAUCCCAUCGCGACCUGGUGGGAUCCACAUGGGAUUCACCCCAGGGGGACCCACGGAGUGGCUGUCAGGGUCCCACCACCGCCCUGCCUGCAGGCGCUGAUCCAGCUCCCCAGACCCACCUGCCCAUCCCACCGAGGCGACGGGGAUCCCUGCGGAAUCCUCUCCUGGGGGAUCCCUGCUGCCCGCUGCCGUCUCUCCCGCAGGCUCCGCUGGGAUCCGAGGGCUGGCUGGAGGAGCCGCCGUCGCGCCAGGACGCGGCCAGCCAGGAGGCCGUGCUGCGGGUGCUGGACGCGGGGCUGGAGCGCUGCCUGGCGCUGCACUCGGCCGUGCAGUGCAUCCCCGUGCCCCGGCACAGGAAGCUCUCGGGCAAGGCGGGCAUUGAUGAGGUGAUGGCAGCGGCGGUGCUCACCAGCCUCUCUGCCAGCCCCCUGGUGCUCGGGCACCCACCGGCCACUCAUGCCCCAGCAGAGCCCGGCAGCGAGGUCUGGAAGGAGGCUCCUGCCAUGUCCUCCAGCUGCAGCAGCAGCAGCAACACCAGCGGGGACUGGAGCUGGGACCCUUCCAGCGACCGAUCCACGCCCUCCACACCCUCACCCCCCCUCUCCAGCCACGUCCCCAGCACCUUCCUGCCUGGCCCACUGCCGGAUGAGGGCCCUGAUGAGCCCGAUGGCACCCACUUCAUCUUUGGAGAGCCCACCCCACGGAAGAGGAAGAACUCCACCAAGGUGAUGUUCAAGUGCUUGUGGAAGAGCUGCGGCAAAGUCCUCAGCAGCUCCUCAGGGAUGCAGAAGCACAUCCGAACCAUGCACCUUGGCCGGAAAGCCGACCUGGAGCAGAGCGAUGGCGAGGAGGAUUUCUACUACACGGAGCUGGACGUGGACGUGGAUGCGCUGACGGACGGGCUCUCCAGCCUCACUCCGGUCUCUCCCACCUCCUCCGUGCCUCCCGCCUUUCCCGGCCCCGAGGCUCCUCCGCCGCCGGCGCUGCCGAUCCUCGACCUGGCCCUGGCCUCCCCCUGCAGCCCCCCGGCCCCACCCGGCCGCUGCCAUGUCCACACUGACCACGCGUACCAGGGCUGCCGGACCCCGCCACGGCCACCGCUGUCCCCCACUGUCCCCACCCCGCCACCACCCAAGCCGCCGGCCGUGCCCAGGCGGCCGCGGGGGGAGGCCAAGAAGUGCCGCAAGGUGUACGGCAUGGAGCACCGGGAGAUGUGGUGCACGGCGUGCCGCUGGAAGAAGGCCUGCCAGCGCUUCCUCGACUGACGGAGCCCCGCCGCUCCCUCCUUCUUGCACAUUUUGCACUCGAGGUGCCUUCGCGCCCCCCCGGCCGCGCCCCCCGGACUCAGGGAACGGCCCCCCCGAAAGCUUUAUGCACACACACAGCCCCCCCGCCACGGAGCUUGGUCCCCCCCGCCCCAGCCCCUGCCUUUUUUUCCCCCCCUUCGAAAAUAAGCUAAACCCAAGGACCCAAGCCCGCUCCUUGCCGGCGGGGUGGGCAGGGGGUGUCUGGCUGCUCCCGGCCCCCUCCCCGCUCCGGUUUGGGGAUCCCCCUGUGGCCGGCGGGGGCUCGGAAAAGGGGGUGUCCGUUCCUGCCCCCCACCUGCUCCCGGGGGGCAGCCCCAGUGCCCAGGGCAGAGGUGGGCGCCUGCCCCCCCCCUCACCUCCCCCAGGGGGGUUUUUACUCUUUGUAAAGUCAUUUCUCUCUCUCUCGUUUUGGGGAGCCCCCGCCGGGGCGAUGCCCCGGGAAGUGCCUGCAGGAAUGCGCCCAUUUGCACUAAGCCAAACUGCACAAAGAGGGGUCUUUUUUUUGUUUUCCUUGACUUUUGGUUUUUUUUUUUUUUUUUUUUCCUUCGUGUGGUUUUUAUUUUUUAAAUAAAAUAUAUGAAAAUCCGUAUUUUUACCUUACUCCCUCCCACAGCACGAGAGCGCGCGGCGCUGCGGCAGCGGGGUGCCUCCAGCCCUGGGCGGGUUUCAAGGGGUUUAAUUCACUUUAAACCCCCUUUUUACCCCCCCAAAAAAACCAUUUUCUCUCAAAACCCUUUCUCCCCUCUUGUCCUGUCAUUCUCCAGCCCAGGCAGCAGCUCGGG